CCCCUGACCAUGUGACCCACUCGCCCAAUCUCACUAGGCCUCGUUCCACCUUCCUCUCCUUUCUUACGUUGUCUUCUUCCUUUUCCAUCCUUACCCCUCUCUAUUAUUGACGUCUCCUCUUUUUUUCUUUGACACCUUCUGUGAACGUCUGAGUGGGUGUGUAGCUUCUGAGGAGAGGAUUCUGGGUAUUUUUGGAUGCUGUUGAGUGUUGCGAGCCGUAGAAUGCGCAUGACGUACGUGCGUGAAUUUCUGCCCGUUUCAGAAUGAGGUCUAGUGAAAGCAUUUGUCCUCUAAUCCCUCUCUUCCAUCCCCUGGGGAAACCCCCCCACCCCACGACACCGCUUUCCCCCCCGCCCCUCGGCCUCAUGCUCCAGGAGGAGCUGGUGCUCGCUGCUCUGAGGAUAGAGGCCCUGCAGGUAGCCCAAAAAAUCUCCCAGACCACCCUGCCCACUGUAACCACGGAGCACCAGAGGGAGGCUUCAUCCCCAGUGGAAAGCGCUGUCACAAAGAGCACCCUGUAUUCCCGGACUGGGUACAGCGAAGAGGAUGAGAACCCGUACAUGCCCCGGGACCUUGACCACUCCCUGGGUAUCGCACGUGAGGAGAUUGUUGCCAAGGAGAAGGAGGCGGCUGAGUGGCAGAGGAAGUACGAGGAGAGCAGACAGGAAGUUGUGGAAAUGAGGCGAGUUUCUGCUUUCAAUCGAGGUGGCUUUGUCAACCACCCCAAUUGUCUCAUUACUACUGAUACGACUUUCGUGCAGACAUCUGUAAGCAGACACGGAGAAGGUGUCUGCAUUCAAACACCACUUAGGCGGGAAGCCAAGGCCAAAAAGCUGAGCCAAUAAAAAGAAAAAGCCACUUUGAAUAAGAGCCACCAACGCCAGAGGAGAUUUGGCAGCAAGGGGUUGUGCCAGUUAGCGCAAAUCAUUCAUGAAGGGGAUUCUGGGAUGUGACAGGGCCUUAGCUCUGUAUAAAAGAUGAGUCACUGCCAUUGCAGACAGUGUGCAUCAUUUAUAUUCCUGCAAUAUUUUCAACAGCAUAUAGUCACAAUGAUGUUGUGAGAAAGUCUGGAGAUAGUUAUGGUUUGUACGAUGAGUUACAGGUUAAUUCAAAGCAUCUAGGCUUCAUGUUCGCCUUGAGAGGUGGGGGUAACGCUGCGACCGAGUAUAGCGAUAAUAAGUUCCCAAAGGCCCUCUAAUGGAUAGAGAUUAAAACAAGAGAUUCGGAGAGGAACUUCAGCCAUCUUCUGUCAUCCCCAGCGCUGGCUU